AUGCCCCGUCCUGGGAAGAACUCUUACAACGACCAGAAGCCUCCAUACUCCUACAUUUCUCUGACUGCGAUGGCUAUUCAGAACUCAGCCGAAAAGAUGCUCCCCCUGAGUGAUAUUUACAAGUUCAUCAUGGACCGCUUCCCUUAUUACCGUGAGAACACUCAGAGGUGGCAGAACUCCCUCCGACACAAUCUCUCCUUCAACGACUGCUUCAUCAAGAUCCCUCGGCGGCCUGACCAGCCAGGAAAAGGCAGCUUUUGGGCUUUGCACCCGGACUGUGGUAACAUGUUUGAGAACGGCAGCUUUCUGAGGAGACGUAAGCGCUUUAAGGUGCACCGAGCUGAGCACAUGGCCUGCAAAAGCUCCCCGGUGAUGCACUACUUUCACCAUCACCACCACCCGGGAAGCAAGCUGGGUGCAGCGCACGGCCACCAUGACCACUCGGCCGGCCCGGCCGGCGCCGGGGGCCGCCCGCCCCCCUUCCCCGGGUCACGGCCGCGGCAGCCGCCGCAGCUCAGCAGCAUGGUCAACUCCAUGUGGCCGCACGUCGGGAUGCUGUCAGAGUCCAUGUGUGGGGUGUCCAUGCCAUCUUCACCCGAAAACGCGCCCUUUGGUGUGUCAACAAAAGGCCUGUACCACAAUGCCAACGGGCAAACCUUGCCCGCUGUCCCAGUGCCCAUCAAACCAACCCCGUCCUUGGGUGCCGUGCUAGGCUUGACUGGGCUGCAGUCCGCGUCGGCACAGCUCUGCGCGCCGUCCUCACUGAUGGAGAAGAGUGACCUGCUGGAAGGGAAAGGCAGCCACUUACACCCGGCUCUUCUGUUGUCCUAACCAGUUAAAAUUGUGGGUAAUUUAAAAAUAAUGAAUGCAAUGAAGAUGGACAUUAUUAUUAUUAUUAUUAUGAUCAUUAUUAUAUUUUGUGUUUUAAUUUAAUAUAUUUUAUUCAUAACCAAGUGGCCUAUCAGCGAAAGAAAAGAAACAGAACAGGACUGCUAGAAAUAUCUACAAUAAAACGCAAAAAAAAGUUCCGUUGCGCAUCUCAUGUCUAGCAUACAAAAAUGUAAAAAAAUACACGUAUUAAAAACUACAGCAGUUUUACAAGGUUGGACUGUAAUGGGGAAAAGACACCUUUAUGGAGUGUGUUGCAGGUAUCACUUAUCUAAACACUGCUUAAAAACAUAUUGAUAAAUAUAAUCAAGUAAAUUAUCAAAUAAAUGACCAAGUAUCUAGUAGCCAAAUUACAUUUAAUUUAAUAUUUUUCUUUAAAAAAUUGUACCAACCUUUCUGUAAGCAUUGAUUGGAAAAAAGAAA